AUGACAAGUUCCCAGUAUUCUAAAUUUUCCAGGUCAUUGGGUGAUUUGUCAAAUAUUAAAGAAAUUCCACUAUCCACUGACGAAAAAAGAAGACAGCAUGUAAGGUAUAAAGUGGGUAAUAAUUCUCACUCUAACAAUAAUCUGAAAAGGAGAAAGGCAUAUCAAAGAGGCAAAGAACACUCGUCAGAGCUGCGUGAACAAGAUAGAAGUGGCGAAGUUCCCUCGAAUGAUCGUAACCAGAGAAAAAUAAAGAGAGCAGAGUCACUAGAACGUCAUUAUAAGACUACCCCAAGGAGGUCCAAUUCCUUCUCUCAUAUCGAAAAAGAUGGAUCAGACUAUGAAAUAGCAUCUAAUGAAAAAACUUUUUCUAGACCAAGGUUGCAAUCUGGAAAAUGUGACCGAAUCGAUGAGUUGGAUGUCACCGCGACAUUUGGAAGACUUUUCCACCACGAAGGUCCUUUUGAUGCAGUUGCAGCAUACACAAACAUGAAUUAUAAAGUAGCACCAAUUUAUGCUUUUCCUCCAGAUGGAGCCAACAAUACUCUAGGACCACUUAGAAAAACAAGGUUUACUGGAAUCGCCAAGUCUGAUUUAUAUUACAGGCCAAGAUUUUUAUAUGACAAUGAACUUGACAUGAGUGGCAAUGAAGAGAAUAAUCAAUACAAUUCACUAUAUGACAAUCCUGAUAAUUCUAGUUCCUCACUGUGUUGUUUUGAUUCUAAGACCAACGUCAAAAAAGUCAACGGCCCAGCAACUGCAGGAUUAGGUUCAAGCACGUUCAUAGAUGGAUGUCCUGCUUCACGAAAUGAAGUCUUAAAGUACUACACACAAGAAAAGGCUAAUAAAAACAAACAUUUACAGUUCUUCAAGAAAUCCUAG